AUGUACCUUGAACGAAGUCUCCGCGAUCUCCAGAACGAAAACUCUGAGCGCCUGAGGACCGGAGAUAGGAGCCAACAGCAUUUGGCUCUCGACUUGAAUAACUGCCAAAUGGAGCUCCAACGACUGCGACUGGAUUUCGAAGCGCUGUUGGAUUCAAAACUUGGUCUGGAGAUGGAAAUCGCCUCGUACAGACGCCUUCUUGAAUUUGAAGAGAAAAGGUUACUAUUGAGUUCUUAAUGUGUCCUGAGACCAGCAAUUGUGAUAUAUCGUCCUCGUUGUUACGAUGAUUGGUUAGUGGCUUCCCGUGAACGACCGGCGUGUUGCUUUUCAAGCACCCUCAGGACAUAAAUGCCCAAUUUUUCGCAUGAAACUGGCCAUAAAAUACGAGUUUCUAGCGGAUGGGUCAACCUUUUCCGAGAGGAAACUGGAUGGAAUAUUUUAAGUGGAGUUGGUGCAGAUAUUCUCGAUGCAUAGGCGAACGUAAAUGCUUUUCGUGUCCGUUCCGCAUAUGAAUUUCGAGCAUUGUUAUGGGGAAUUAGUUAUCCGGCCAAAACACAACAGUUGACAGGCACUGGGGACUGGAACACGUUAAGAAUGAAAAAGUGGGGGGAGGUCUGAAGUCCUCAUUAUAGCAUGGGCUUUGUAUUAAAACAGCCAAAGAUCGAGCAGUCAACCAGGUCUGUUGCUGACGCGCAUUUCCAGCCUGUAAAGCAGGGCAUAUGAUGCAUGUCAUUACGCAUCAGGCCGUAAGCAUCGGACAUAAUGCGUGCUGAAAUUGCACUAGGUUCCAUCAGAAGCAGAGGCCACAGCAGCAGCAGUAGCGAGGGGAGCUGUGCUUUAUCGACCAAAUACCUUCUCAUAAAAUGAUUGUAUGACUCAAGCAAAUUAACAUUCCUAGUCCUGGAGGAAAAUCGGCCAAUGCUCCCCUUCAAGGUAGCCUGAGUCAAAGUACUUAGAGUUAAACUCCAUCCUCUUGAGUACGAGGAGGUAGUGUAAUUCAUGUAGUAGACAUUUAAAUUGGUCACGUACACGGUCGCUUCGAUACGUGCGGACAGCGUCACUCGAAUUGCGACCGUCAAAAAGCGACAGAGUGAAAUAAUCAGAGAGGGGGCAAUACAAUUUACGGACUAUGUUUCUCCCUUUUUUAUUGUGACUCACCAGCCUUGACUUCCUCGGGCAUUCAAAAUGACGAAUUAAAUCUAACUGAACAGUUACCAAAGACAUGAUGACAUUGCCUCCACGUAUUGUCGCCGCUUACAUUGUUCACUCUUGUUUAACAAAAUUUAUAUAAGGAAAGUCCACUGUUAUUUGCACCAAACUUAUUUCACAUCGAUUUGGAACAUUUUUACAUUAAUAGCUUGCAGUUUUCUGAUAUUUUCGCAGGGAAGUAAAAACUUUCUCAUUAUACAGAUGUUCUUGCGCUGAAUUAUAGAAAAGACAACCAUUUGUAACCCUCACUUCCGUGGAAUUACGCACAAGACCAUCUUCAUUGCGAGACGGUUGCUAUUUCCGACUAGUUUAUUUCAUCGUUCAUUGCAUGGGACGUAUUCAUCCUGUUCAGUUUGUUCACUGGUAGUACGAGUAGCUUUGGAAUCCACAACCUUUAUGUGGAGCGAUAGUUUGCGCGUUCCCUUUUACCAUUCACGAUCUCCUCUUCCGAUUAAUCUUCUCCCUAGCCAUUGAAUAUUCAUUGUCAUGUUGUGAAAAUAUGUAUUGUUACACUCUAACCGCCUCUGACUUUUCACAUCUUCCUCAUUGUAGACACUCCGUUCAGGGGAAGCCAUGUAAGAUUUUGUAUUGGUUCAUGCUGGCAUUAUAUUCGAAAGAAGUCCAAUUAAAUUGAAUUUUUACUGGCAUAUAAAAUUGAACGUGAUAUUGUCUUUUACGCCACACGAUUUCUGAGUCGAGUGAUCAGAUCAACAUUAAUUUCUUCUUCGCAAGCAUAUAAAUACUAAAUGCUAAUUGGACAUUCGCGAAACAGAAUAAUUCUUUGAUCACGAGAGCAUGCAGUUUUGUCUGGAAGGCCAUUCCCUCUUUAUGUGCAUUCAAAAUGCUUCAAAAAUAAUGGUUUACAGGAACUGACUUUAAGCGCAAUUCUCGGAUAGCAGUUUGUUAUUUUUAGAGUUUGUGUUUUCAAAAUCUGUUUCUGACCUCUGCAAUCGUCAAAAAAUACAACCAUUUAUAUUUCCGAAUUGGGAAAUUUUUAGAAGAUGCAAAAAUAUGCAUUUUUAUUCUGAUAUACUGAAACCUGGAAAAGUAAUCGACUGGCAUACGCACCUUGCCCUCUUUAACUGUCAGUCAUUUCUUUAUGUACGAGAAUGGGCACGCACCUUGGAAGUUCAAGCAUAAGCCAAAAAGCCACACUAUAUGUCAAGAUUUUCAGCAAUACUUGCCGCAAGCUUAUAAGGAGUCCUUCUUGACCCCCUUGUGGAAGUAUUUCUGAGCCUUUAUCCUAACCUCGAGAUAAGUUAUCUUGUCCCUUAAGCAUCAGCAGACUGUGCUCCAAUAAAGUUUAACAACAGACUCAGUUUUUAGUUUAUUAAAACUUUAUUUACAUCAGCGUUAACCAAGUGCACAUCUGAAACGCCGCCAACGAAAUACUCCAUUACUGCAACCAGGUCUUUUGGCGGAUAUUCAAAGACGGCAGGAUUACGACAAACAACAUUUGAAAUCCCUCUAUCACCGCUGAAAUAGAUCUUAAAUGAUUAAAUCUUCGGAUACGCAAAAUCUACUUGUUUAAUUUUCGCAUUUAUUCAAUACUUUGUUUAAUGCAAGCAGUAACUAGUAAAUGCCAAAAUUUGCUCUAAUUACUGGUUUGUUUAGCCAAUGAAAUCAGCAUUUCUGAGGACAAAUUAUUACUGCUUAUAAGCCCUAGUUACAAUAGUCAGUGCCGCCUGUUGAAACACAUCUGUACAUUUUAUUUUUAGCCGACAAAGUCAGAUCAGAACUGGUUCUUUCAGAGGACCCCCUAAAGGUUACCCACACACGGAGUUCCAAGGGAAAUGUCACGAUAAAUGAGUGCGCCCUGGAUGGGUCUUUUGUAAUGUUGACCAAUAACGGGUCACAGGUAAGUUGGCCGAAGAUUCUCUUUGCAAGCUGCCUCUCAUUUGUCUACCUUGAUCGAGCCGUCUCCUCGUCAAAAUCACUAGUAAGAUGGAAUACAGGCGGCCUGCUUUACCGUAGCGUACGGUUUCAGAGCCCCGCAGGUGGUCACCUUGAGAUAGCCAAUCGAUACUUAAUCAGUAUUAUGCUAAAGGAAGAAUUUUUUGUGUCUCGUUGGUAGUGUAAGAGUGGGACUAAAAGGUUUUAUCAAAUAUUGGUAGACCCUCACUCUUGAGAAAUUUAGGCUCAUUAAACUGAACAUUGGAAACAAAAAACAUUGUAUUCCAGCCAGUUUUAACAAGGAUUUGCUGAGUUUCCCUUAUAACCGAAAAUCUCACAGAUGGAAUCAGUAGGCUCCUCAGUCGAUUCUGCCGGCUGGACUACGCGCUGAACACGCGAAAUAUCACAUUCCCUAGUCUGCUGGACUUCGGUAAACAGAGCGCUCUUGUUGAGACAAUGUAAAACAAUCAAAAUAAAGGAGCGGUUAAGGUCGCCACUAAUAGUAACCCUGCAUCUGCAAAGUCUGGCAAAUUUGGUAGACUUUACAGUCGCUUAAAUUACGCCUGGGAGGUGGAUCAGUUGUGAGGAUAGACUUAUCGCCGAGAAGGCUUUCAUCGCGAAACGCAAAAUGGCGUUCAGAAAAAAAUUAGUGUCCUCCGUAACAUUUCAAAUGACGUUCCGAUGUAGACUUGUGGUCCUCCACGUCCCCGCUUCAGAUUUUUGACAGGGCGUUCCUUUCCCACUACGAGAAUCCCCGUGAAGCCUCAAUUCCCGCAUGUGCCCGUCCAUUGUUCCUGAGCUCUGGCACGGCUCGCACUAAUCGCUACAUCCUCCGAGCCCCUUUUGACAUUAGGAUACGACCCUCCUCCUUUUACCCCAUGACCAGAUAAAAUUGACUCAGGUCCCCUGUUCGCCAGUUUUUCCUAGGGGAUGACCCGGUGCCUCCGCGUCGUUUUUGAUUUUGACUGGGCAAAAUUGCAACAGACUGGCAGUCAACUUUGACGUGAGCAAGGGAAACCAGGUCUUUUAAGGUGCCGUAAAACGCACAGACCUGAUCUCUUUACGUUGUCUGUUUUAAUUGUGUAGCCGAAGGGACACUCAUUAAAACUCGUGUCCUUGUCUUUUCCUUUUUAUGCUUUCAUUUUAUGCGAAUUGAUCAGAGCCAAUAGAGCUGAUUUUUUUGUCUAUUUAAGUAGUUUCCUAUCCUCGAUUCCAGAUAAAUGGAAUUUGACAGUUGCUUCAUGAACUCAAAGCCAAAAUAUAGGAGAUGACCAAGUGAAAUUUUGUCCAUAGUUUGCCCACAGUUUAUUUUUAAUUCACAGAGAGAGGACAUCGGGGGCAUGAAACUACUGCGCGUGGUGGAUGAAGAUCAGGCGGCUAUUGCCUAUGUUAUCCCAGCGGGCACUGUGCUGGGCACUGAAAAUGGUAACCGGUCCAUUAAGGUGUGUUUUCUUUUUCAUUUACUUCAUUCAUGCUCCAUUUACAAUUGUAUUUACACGUAAGUGGUGCUGGUUAAAAAUUUUGCUACAAUUUUCGCUCCUCUUAGCAAUCUUUCUGUAGUGUUCUCAGUUUAUCGACAAAACGUCUGCACGAUAAAUGUGUUUAGCACCUCCACCAUAUGCCAUAGAUCAUCCCUGUCUCACAAACCCUUUUUUGUCCUACACAUUUCCCGACUCCAUCCAACAGAGCACUGCACCGUCUUUCACCAAAAAAUAUAAUCCCUUUAUCUUCAGAGGGAAAGUAUAGUGAUGAAUUUAGGCUCCCGUGAUUUUCUUGAAUGUCAUUUUGCAGCCACCGUUGAUUGUAAAUUCUGAAAAUAUGUGGAUCAACGCCAUACCGCUGACACGUACAUCAAUAUGAUGUACGAAAAAACGGAAAGCUCUUGCCAUGGGAGACUGAGUUAUGACUUAGGCACUAGAUCAAGCCACUGGCCAGACCUUUCAUGGAGAAAAGAUGCUGAAAGUCGCAGUUAUUUGAUUCACGGACGAGUAAGCGAGACUGCCGUUUGUUAAUUGUGUGGGAUCUAGCUUAAGCCUUUAACACCGCUGUAUGCUCAAGGCGAAGAAUCCGGUAGGUAAUGGUCAGCAGGCAAGUAGUCACCAGCGGUAUGUCGAGCGAAUUCGACUUUCGCAAUUUGUCAGCUAGACAAGAAGAACAGUGUUCGUCAUUAUCAGACCUAAGGACCUAAAGGGACACGCAAGGUAAUGAGCCACCGUGUGACACUCAUCGCCUUUCGUCUGGGCAGCCAGACGUAAGAGUAGAGUUGGCACUAUAAGCUGGCAGUUUUUUGUUGCCUCUUAUUUAUUUUUAGGGUCCCUAUUGUCAUUCCAAGUCAGAUUUGUUUUGGUGCUGACAACUGAUUUUAUAAUCCACCCGCUAACCACCACGUGGAGCACAGCCGCAAAAACGCUCAUGAUGGUUUCGGCAGGACUGUGCGCGAGCUGCCCCAUAGAGGUCAGGUACUUAAGUUUGAGCUUUCUCCCAGCCACCAGUAAGUAUUCCAGCAACAUUGUAAAUCACGACCUCUUCGUGUUUUCGUCUUUGUAAAAGUCAACCUAAAUUUUGGAAGACAAACACUACUAGAAACCAAUGAAUGACUUGCAUGAUGCGAGGUCGUCACAGUCAAGUUUGGCAAAACACUCGCUUGUAAAAAGUCCCUGCCAUUUGAAGAGGACCAGAUUGCGACAAAGAAACAGCUUCCAACCCGCGCCCCAAUGGCCUUUAGGUUUUAUGAAAGCCGAUAGUUUUUUUGACAAACACAAGCCACGACGAUGUAGCCAUUCAUGUUUCUUUCGGUGUUGUCAACCAGACACAACCCAUCUCAAGGUUGAGUAGGUCGGAGAUUUAAAGCAGGAUAUAAAGAGUCGUCGAAAUGAAUGCGUUAGACCUGCACUCCAAGGCAAUUUGGAACGCCAGUAUUUUGUCCUUCGACCAGAUCGGCUCCGUAAACGUCCUUCCACCAUAUGCGAAAGUCGUCCAAAUGAAAUUGAAUAAAAAUAUCUGCUUCUGCCAGCCAGUCUUUUAAUCACCUUCGAAGACUAAACUUGUUUUCUAAAGAAAAACGACCUAGAAUACCUUGACGGCAGUCGGCAGUCGGACGACUUAAACCUAUAGGUUAGGAAUUCAGUAAGCCAGCAUGUUGUUUAACUGGGAAAUAUCUCCUCGUUAUACAGGCCCUGGCAGACGCUGAGUGUCCGAGACGCAAUUUUUGCCCGUACAACGUAACCGUUACAUUAAUUGAAGGUAACCCACGUUCAAGGCAUCUAGCACGGCCUGUGCAAUGAAAUCCGACGAUAAAAUUUUGUACUUUAUUGUAUCUACCUGGAACCGUUUAGGGGUGCGCAUCAAUUUUUUUUCAAACACCCGUUUCCAAACCGAAUAAAUUUAUUUUUCGAAUCUGCAGCCAAAUCCUCGUCGCUCGGUUUUUAUUGAUUUAUCGAUCACCUGUCUGAUAUGCGGACCAAGCGUGCUCGAUAGAUUGAUUCAUUGAUGAGACACAGGUGUGGAACUGUUUCCGCAUUGUGGGUGCCAUUUUAUUGUCCUUUAUACCAAGUUCUAACUUUAGGUAGGUGUAUAGUUGAUUAUCAUGGGUCUCAAGUGAGGAAGAGGGAGCACGCUUCCGUAAAAGGUUUUACUUUCUCAUCAGUUCUUUUACUGGGCCAGUCGGUUAACGACUUGUUCAUAAUUCUACCUUCUUAGCUUCCCCGGCCUGAAGUUCAAAUUCGCAGGAUGCCAUUUUCAACCCCAAGUCAAUUUAAGUUUGCCGAUGGGGACUUAGACCCGUCUUUUAUUGUCUAAAAUACCUUUUUAGUUUUUGCAGCUUCUAAACUCUAAUUAGAGUGGUAGUCGAAUUGAACGCAUCAGAUCACGUAAAGUGGUCUUAUCUGUGCACGGUCUGACGAGGCUCCGAAUGACGAAGACAAAUUGGCAAGAUAGCAGUUGGUAACCAGGACUGGGGAAGCGAACGGCGACCUUAACCCUAAUCCUAACCUUAACCCUGACGCUAAACUCAAACUUAAACGUUAACCGUUAACCCUAACGGCAAUCCAAACCCUAACCCUAACCGAAAUCGUAAACGUAACCGUAGCCCUUAGACGUAGCCGUAACUGAAAAACCUCACAGUAAUGCUGAAACUUAAUCGUACGCUCAAACCCUAACCGUAAGCCGAAAACCUAAGCCUAAAGGCAUAACCCUAACCCAAAAAUCGGAAACCAUUAACCGGUACCCUAGUCCUAACCUCCAACGUAAUACGGAAGUCAAAUGAGUCAGAUGUAAUUAUGGAACCCUACAAAAUAGCCCCAGUAAACAAUCCCCCCCGCCACCUGUAAUACGGGGCCUGGCUACCAACUGCGAUUUAGCCGGCAAAUUAACCGAAAACGCUAAUCAGUAUGAUUUUCGGGUCACUUUUGUCUCAAUAAACUGCUCACUCGAUCAGACCUCCCAAUGUAAAAAACGAAUGUUUAGCACAGCUGACAAACACGCUGCAGCAUCUGCAAUGAUCCCUUUUUUUCCUCACUGGAUUCAGUCUUCUUGUCACAGUGCAGGCAACCCACACGAUACACUUUGAAAAUCCCACUGGAGGCCUGAACGAAUUUACUAGGUACUUCUGACGAGUAUGUUGGAGCAACUAAUGGACUGAGAGCCAAACUGCACUGGAUCCUUCUCAAUGCGGCCUCCAUAUCCUCCUUCUUGAUGUGGGUCCUUGGAGCAUCUCGACACAUGUAAUGAGAACCUCAGCACGUGUGUGGCGCGCGCAAACGGGCUGUCUGUCUUUGUCAGCCACCACUGCGCCCGAGUCCACUUCCAGCCACUUCUUGUCACUGCCUUGCCAUCUAAACAUGAUCAGCGACGGAGAAGACAGUGCGGUAGAUGCUGGGCGGGCAUACCUAAUCGAGAAUUUAAUUCACGUGCAAGUCAUCUGUGCGACACGCACUCCGAGCGGUCCGCAGGGGAUGCCGCCGCUUGUGACGGCCGAACUGUCAUGGAAUUUUAAGGUUCAGCAGUUUAUGAGGUUCAGGAAACCUUAGGAGUCAUUAGUUGGAAUUAGGGACAAGCUUACAGACACUGUAUACUGAUUCAGGGUCAGUGUGGCGAAACAGCCAAGACUACAUUACUUUAAUAUGAGCGGCCCAUUCACUGACUUUGAGUUCUUGGACCAUCAACGUUUAUUUGAAUUGGCACCUCCUCCUUGAUGGGUAAGAUGAGCGAUCGGCUUUGGACCUAUCACCUGUAUGAACACGAUUAAGAGGUCAAUAUAGGCAGUCGAUCUGACUGGCUCAUUUUUUGAUAUUUUCCACCGCAUUACACCUAUCUGAUUCCAAUUCACAAUUUUUCUUCAGAUCUGGUCUCACAGAAAAAGGCCGACUGACUCAGCCGACCUAGAACUCGUGGAUUCCUGCUGGCCCACUGGCACAAUCGUGCGGACUAAACUACUCUCUUCUAAUGGUGAGGUAAGACAUCCAGCGGCAAAUCUAUCGAGGCCGUAAUAUUCCUUAUCAUUUACUACAAAGCCCUGUGCGACCACACCGCAAUUGUGUUCAAAGGAAAUCACAAAAGACUUUUUAUUUAAGGCUAUGUUUGAGGGCUUUUUUGAACGCCAAACCAAGCAAGCUCACUCCAGUUGCAUCUUUCUGUUUGUGCUAAGGCCCUAGCAGGAAGACACAAAGAUUAAAUGAUUCCCUUCAGUCUCCUUAUCCAUGCUCUUACGCCAUUUCGUGAAUUUCUCAUCCGUCCGCCAAAAGUCUUCGUUUUUCUGUUUAUUUUUAGGAAAGGGCCUCAUACAUCCUCCGGUUCACGCCUCAGACUGCGUCGUCCGACAGCGCAUUCGAACUGAACAACUAA